AGUCCUUACGUGCUUCAGGCUCGUACCAUUAACAUCAACUCGAAUCAACACUUGGAAUUUCUCGGCCUCACUUCCCUCCGAACAAUUGCACAUCCAACAAUCCUGAUCACGGGAAAUCCAAAUCUGUGUUUCACAGAAACCAUAAAAUGGGACAGUCUGAUCCCGAAUAGGACUAAUCCGUCCGGUCUGAAUUCGGAUUGGAAUGCGAGUCAGACGGCCCCGUUUCCCGGCACCGUACGAACCGGGCGAGUUGGACGAGAACCGUACUUGGCUCUACGCGAACGCAUAGAGAAGGAGAUUGAGCGAAGAGUAUUGCAAAAUCUACUCGGUCAACUGCCCAGCAAAGUGAAUCGCCCACGAUCCUAUUCAAUCCCAACCAUUUUUAUUCAUGGAAACGCACAUCCGGAGUUUUGUCGUGGUAAAAGUGCCAGUUGUGCGCCCCAAUGUGUGUCCGAAUUGGGUUGUUGGGGUCCGGGACCAACGUUUUGCCGAGCCUGUCGUCACUGGUCCGUGCCACGAUCAGACGGAACUCGGUUGUGCGUGGAUCAGUGCGAACGCGUGCCCGGUCACUUCACACCCAAUCAGACCAGCACUGUCGACGCACCUCCGACCGCCACCGUGCCAGCUGGUCCCACGUCAAAUGGACACAAUCGCAUCGUGACCGAGUCGACAAGUGUUCAAAGUCAUGCGUCUAACGGUGCCAAAACCAGUAUGUCCGGCAACCUGCAAUGUGGCAUUUGUUCUGUCAAUUGUCGUUUGGAGAAAAAUGCAUGCUUUGGACCGGGUUCGGAUCAAUGUAUCGGGUCAUGUCGAUGGGUUCAAGAUGGUCCCUACUGUCGUGAAAGAUGUCCACUCGGCAAAUUUGAGGAACCGGUCACUCAAGUUUGCCGUGAAUGCCAUCCCGUGUGCUCGAUCCCACUUCCACUGGUCACCGAUUCUUUUGCACGCUCGAACGGAGCGGUGAAUGACCAGACAGCCCUGGCCUCCCGAGUGUGCACAGGUCCGGGAAAUUGGCCAGGUCCGGGUGGUUGCAACUAUUGUCGUCAAACGGCAAUACUUAGGCGAACGGAUUCACAUGGAAGCGAAGGAAUACAUCUAGAAUGUGUUGAGGCAUGUCCAAGUGACACCUAUUUACACGUGGUCAAUCUGCAUUACCGAGGUGGAUCGAGCACUCACCGUGUGGCCACAUUGAAUGCCUGGAAAUCUCCACCAGUGACAGCUCCACAACAUCGUCCGCCAUGGUCACACACGGAUGGAGCAAUUUUUGAGCGAUUUCCGACCGACGUCCAAACCGAACUGAAGACCUGGUUGCAUAAUCAUACUCAACCACAACUGUACGGUGUUGCUCGUGUAUGCCUGCCAUGUCACGAUCAAUGUGCCCGUAAUCCAGACGUUCUUCUGGGAUCCACCGCACGGGCUUCUAUUUGCUUCGGUCCGGGGCCGGAACAAUGCGUACGCUGUGCAAAUGCAAGCUAUCUCGGUCGAUGCGUAUCUCACUGUCCGGAGGACAAACUAGUCAUGCAGAAGAUGGAAUGUUUGAGUGUCAACGCAAGUCGCAAUCAAUGGCGUUGCGGUUUCACGUGUCCAAUACUGUACAAAUAUCAAGUCCGCGAUCACCACACUGGGGAUUUGGUCUGCUCCACCCGGGCAGAUCGAAUCCGUGUGUUUCUCGAUCCGAGUCCGAGUCCGGAUGUACGAGAGCACGGAUCCGAGAAAAUCCCCGAACGAAAUCAGUCUAACACGGGAGCGAUGGACUGGAGCGAAUCUGAUGACCUUGAAGUGUUAAAUGCCGAACGAUUGGAUGCCGUUCAUCAGUACAAUGUGCACUUUUACUUGUCCGGGGAAACCGCUGGAACAUUGGCUGCAUCAGCUGCCUGUUUGGCAUUUUUAUUGGCUUUGAGUGGGUUAAUUUAUUGGGCCGUACUACAACAACCACCGCAUCCAGAACCACAGUUUGUCGAAUGGUUAGGUAAAAAUGGACGGCCCAGGUUGCGCAGCCGCAUGAGCCGUGCAUGUGAACGACUAUGGACACGGGGACUACCUCGACCCGAUUACGGAAAUGUAACCGGGGAUGGUAGCGGAAAAGGUUUGCUAAGUACAGUCGGACAAGUACGAUUGACAAAGGAGAAGAAAUAUUCUCAUACUAUACCGGAACCGUGGAGUCGAUCCGAAACCAGUGCGGAACGAACGGAUUAUUCUCUGCAACCGUUUGGCGCAACGGAUACAUUGGAUGCGCUUCGAGAUCGUGAUAAACCAAAUAUGGCCACUUUGCGAAUUAUCACGGAAUCGCAACUGGUUCGCGGUCCACUAAUCGGUUCUGGCGCUUUCGGUACAGUGUUCUGUGGUAUAUGGCGUCCACAGCACACACCGGCUGGUGUCAUGGCAGACAGUGGUCACGUUUUGAACACCGUUGCAUCCCUUUCACCACGCACAGUAAGUACCAGCAUUUCACUGGCGGAUGGGGAGUGGCCAGAUCGCUUAGAAGUUUCGUGGACCGAUUCCGGUCGAGUGGUUCGAGUACCUUCCCAUAAUCGUGGACUCACUCCAACCUCGGAUGGUGCAAUGAUGGGACACACCUCGACUCCGACCACACCCAAAUUGCAGGUAGAGAUCCCGGUCGCGAUUAAGGUGCUCACGGACACAGCGGACACGCAAACGAAUAAGGAGCUAUUGGAAGAAGCCAAGGCUCGAAUCCGAGCUCAACAGAAAACCCGAGCAAACCGAUCGGUCUCUGAUGAGGCAUUGGAGUUCCUGACGAAUACAUUGAGCACUUGUCCCAGCGGUCAGACCACUGAAAGUUCCGUGACAACUCCGGGCACAGACUCGACCGUGGAAACGGAAUACAUACAAAUGCAAACGGAAUGGAUGCGCACAUUGUAUGUGAAUAGUCGAGUGACCACCUUUCCCAAGUGUGUUCAACACCUGAUCGACAAUAAUUACACAUAUCUGGCUCAAGAACCAACUGGUCAAUCAAAACUGAGCCCCAAAGUUGCACAGACCUAUUGUAGCUUGACCAUUAAUCCAUGUGAGCUAUUAGAAAAGCCCAUUUCGCGUCCCCAAACGUUGGCUCUGCGAGGCGUGGUCGGCCAAACGGAUACGGCCUCCGUUGAGGUAGUGAAACCACCACCGACGACAGAUCCGUUACGGGGACCGGUUACUAAUCCAGAAACUACGGAUCCUGUUCCUCCUUGCAUUCCAGCUGUUUGUCCAGACUGGUCAGGAGAAACGAAUUCCGUAGUUCUGCAUCCCGCAAGGCGAUCGCCAGUUUCGACAAAUUUGAAACCGGUUGAGGAGGAGAAAGUAUGUUCAAUCGGAGUUGCUCAGUUCAACAACAGCAGAACUCACAAUCAACAAAAAAAUGAGCAGUCAGACGGAGCUGUCAAUGCAGAUGCCUUGGCAAGCGCAACCAAUAGCAGCUCAGGAGAAAGCGAUCCAAGUACCUAUAUCCGGUUGGACGACUACCUACAACCUCGCUCACAACUUAAUCAACCGAAGUGUCCACGGUGA